UAAACUUUAAAUUUGGUAGCCAAACGGAACCGUGUGACGCCUCUUCCUGACAACUGCGUUCCAGGCCAGCCUCUUUUGUGUUUGCACUACUUUGUGACAUGUUCUGAUUUUAUUUGGACUUGUUUCGUCAUGGAGAUUUCAUUUGAAGGCAAACACGCUCUGGUCACCGGAGCAGGAAAAGGGAUUGGCAGGGCCACGGCUUUGUCUCUGGCGCGUUACGGUGCAAUUGUCACAGCGGUCACCCGGACGCAGUCCGACCUGGACAGUCUGGUGCACGAGUGUCCAUCCAUCAUCCCUGUGUGUGUUGACUUGGCAGACUGGGGGGCCACAGAUGCCGCCCUCAAAAACAUCGGUCCCAUUGAUCUACUCAUCAAUAAUGCUGCAUGUGCCACACUCCAGCCAUUUCUUGAGGUCACACCUGACCAAUUUGACCAGUCCUUCACUGUGAAUGUGAAAGCGGUGCUGCAUGUGUCCCAGGUCGUGGCACGUGGGAUGAUAGCCAGAAGAUCAGGAGGCUCCAUCGUCAAUGUGUCUAGCCAGGCGUCGCAAUGUGCCCUCAAAAACCAUACUGUGUACUGUGCCACGAAAGGAGCCCUGGACAUGUUGACCAAAGUCAUGGCUCUGGAGCUGGGACCCCAUCAGAUUCGCGUGAACAGCGUGAACCCCACCGUGGUGAUGACGGAAAUGGGCCGUCGAGGUUGGAGCGACUCGGAGAAAGCGAAGACCAUGACAUCCCGCAUCCCGCUGGGCCGCUUUGCAGAGGUGGAUGAGGUGGUGAACAGUAUUUUGUUCCUGCUGAGUGAUAAGAGCACAAUGACAAAUGGAGUGUCCCUCCCAGUGGACGGAGGGUUCCUGGCCUGUUAAACCAGCACAACAUCACCGUCAACAUUUCAGCAGUCGUCUGUUUGGUUUCUCGUCAACAUUAUAUUUAGUCUUUCACGUCAAUUGUAGUUCUGGUUAAUGUACACUUAUUUGUAUCCAUAUCUUUGUCUAUGUAGGCUGUGCUGAGUGCGUGAAAGCCUGCGAUUGAAGUUUCUGUGAGACAUGUUUUACUUUCAAAACGUUAUUUCCAUCUUUUUUUUUUAAAUCAAUCAACGGACUUGAUUCUUUUACACUGUGUGUUGGUUGUGUUGCCACAAGUGACUAUAAAACUGUCUGACAACUGUUUCAGUUGAAAAAGCAUGCUCGCUUCCCAAGUCUUGCCUCGUCUAAAUUUACUCAUUUUCCUUCAUUACCGUAUCGUGUAGUCAAGCGCUGUGGCUGUGCAACAGUCCGGCUGUAUUUCUGGCAACCACAGAUUCACAUUGGCUCUGCGUGCUUUUCAAAAUAAAAGUUAUUUUACAUGCAACGCUUUCAAUCUGUUCGCACUUAUUGGGGGAAAUACGAAUGUGAUUUAAAAACAAUCUAAUCAUGACAUUAUAAAUAUAAGGCUCAGUUCAAAUAAAUCAAUAAAUAACUAUCCAAGUACAGUAUAUGCGCUUGCAGUUUGUUGUCGUGUCAAACUUCUUUGGAACAUAUUUGAAAAUUGAUUGAUUCCAUCAUGGCGGUUAAUGAAGUCAUCCUACUUUAGCUCCACCCCUUUGUAUAUUACUAAAUGUGAAUUCAAUCAAUGAUCCAGUAGUAGUGAAAAAGCUAAUCACUCUUUCAUCAGUAAUGUUGAAACACCAAUCCGGACUAUUGUAACCUAAUGUAAAUAAAGACAAACCCAGGAACCAAAUUGAUGAUUAAAAAAAAAAAAAAAAUCAAUUGGCAGAAAUGUCCCCUGCUGUCAGAUAACUUAAACAACAUGCUGCUGCAAUUGUCCAUAUCUACGUACUUUUUAUUCCAUUUUCUUUGAUGAUUCACAUGUAAUGUCUCGUGUGUCGAAUAAAUCAGGACAAAAAGAAAAAAGCCGGACGUACAUAUACAUUUGUAUUUCGUAUUCCAAAAAAUUGAAAUAUUUAACCCCGCAGACGUGAAGUAAUAAAAAUUUAAAAAUGAGACACAGUUGGAACAAGUAUACAAUUCAUCUUACAUUACAUACAUACAUGGCCAAUGCUUUUCAACCUCUCCUAAGAAUUACAGUGUGUCAAAUAACCAGAGAACUCCCAUGCAGUAGUAGAUUAGGAAUUGGUGCUGUAUUACUUCGACACCUUAUCUAGGCAGGACAACACAACAUUAUCAACCACAUAGUUUGCUAUGCCAGCCAAAAAAAUACAAAAAAAAAAACAAAAACAAAAACAGUAAAACAAAC